UCUAUGCGAAUUCAAAGUUCGAGGCGGCUGAGGAAGAAGAGCCUCGGUUGCUGAAGGGAGUUCUUCAAAAGAGAAGCUCCGUCGAGGAGCUGAUUCGGGUCAAGGGCGGCCUCAGUCGUGGAAACGUCUCUUGCCGGCUUAUUACUUCUACUACUUCUCAGACUUUGUUAAAAAGUUUAUUUUUCUGCGCUUUCUACAUAUUAUACUGACAGUAAUCAGAAGAUAACAUUUUUCUCCAAUAUGGAUGUAACUUCGAACUUCUUUGACAAACUGCGCACCAUCGCUCUUACUCUGGAGAGGGAGUCUAAGCAUCUGAAGCAGGGUUUUCAUGGCAAUGACACAGAGUUUGAAGAUGAUUCUCCAAUGACAUAUUUACAUGAAAUGUAUUCUGACAUCAGGACACUAAAGAGUGAAGCUGACAAUAUACUUCAGAAGAGUUCUUCAGAAAGAGAUACUGCAUAUGACUUCUUAAAAGCCAGCAAAGUUCUGAUGAAAAGAAAUGCAGGAGAUCUUGAGGAAAUACGACAACUGAUCCAGAAAUAUGGUUACAAGCCACCUGCUCCCAAAGAUACAGCUAUGGGGAAUGAAACUGAAAUCCACUCCAGAACUACUACGACUGAUCACAUGGAGCCAAAAGACCUUGGUUAUUCUGGGAAGUCAUCUGGCCCUGUUAGUCCGCUGCAAAUUCCACAGCUUUCAGAUUUUGGAUUGUCAAAAUACGCUCUACCAAGCACUUCGUCCACAAUGUGCACUCAACCCCAAGUGCGUGUGCCAAAGAAAGAAUCAAGGAGGGACAAUAAUAAGUGCUUAUCACCCAAAGCAGAAAAUUUCCAUAUCCGUGGUCGUGACCUGUGUGUGAAUGAUGUGUGUGAAACAACAGGUUUUAUAGAUGAUCAAACCAUCUUUCUACUUAAUAAUGCCAAACAUAUUAGGCAAGCAAAUAAACUGAGUGGAUCAGCAGAGGUAUCGACACCAAGCAAAAACAAGACUAUAUGUGAUGAUGAUUAUAUGGCUUCACCGGCGUCCCCGCAGUUCUGCACCCCUGGCGUGAAAAUUCCCCGCAGGAAGAAUGCAGCUGUAUCAAAAUCCCCUACGACUUCGGAUGUAUCUGAUCGUGGAUCAGGAAACUCUCUGGCAGAUUCACAGUCUCUCCAAACAGAAGCUGAACAAAUCUAUGUCACUGCAGUAUCAUCAAAGAAAGAUGUUGCAAAGGGUGCUGAUGUUCCUGUCCUGUAUUCAAAUGAAUGUCUGAAAUGUGAAGAAAAGCUCCGUCCUCCAGUAUUAUCAGACUACAUUAACCUACUCGGUAGUCCACCGCCACCUCCUGAAAUAAGUGUGAUUCCAAAUAAUAUUUCUCAGAUUCUGUCCAAGUACAAUCCAAAUAGAGAAGUGCCCCGAUAUCUGGAGGAAACUAAGAAACAAAUUGCUUCACAGGUUGAAAUAUCGCCUGUCCUUGGUAUUGGGAACAAGGAAAAUUGGAAGUAUUCAGGAUGAAGUGAAUAUGAGGCUUGGAUUGCUUUGUGAUUUCAACUGUUUUUAAAAGUUUAAAACAUUUAAUAGACACUGAGCAUUGGUUAUGAUAGCUAAGCAAUUAAAACAGUAUGUACAACUAUUUUCUGAUUACGAUCAUAUUUAAGAAUAAAAUAAAGAAUAUCAAUUUGAUUAAAA